AUGGAGCAAAUUCAAACAGACAUGGCAGAGAUUAGGGCUCAGAUAGGGACUACUAUGGGUCAAUUUUUGGAAGCUAUCCAAACCAUUACCCGUGGACAAGAAGAGUUAAGGCAACCUGUUCAGAGGUCGGAUGUUACUGUUGAUCCAAGUGGCGUUAAUCGAAAAGUCGUCAAUCCUAUCCAAGAGGUCCCAUUGAAUCAGAAUGUUAGAAACACUAUGCAAGUUCCCGUCAACGAGGCUCCGCACCGUGAAAAUCUUUCUGUUUCGUCAUAUGAUACCUUUAAGUUUCAAAUGGAUGAAGAUGAGGGUAAGCUUCGUCUUUUGGAUAAGAGAUUGAAAGCUGUUGAGGAUCGUGAUUGCCUUGGUUUGGAUGCUGCUAGUCUAUGCUUGGUGCCUGAUAUCAAGAUUCCUCCGAAGUUCAAAGUCCCUAACUUUGAGAAGUACAAGGGUACCACUUGCCCGAUAACACACAUCAAGGCAUUUUGCAACGAGAUGGCUCCUUAUGCAGAAAAUGAUAAACUUCUAAUGCACUUAUUUCAGGAUAGUCUUAGUGGGGCAUCUCUUGAAUGGUAUACCCAGCUUGAAAGGACCAACAUCCGCACUUGGAAAGAUCUAGCCAAAGCCUUUUUCAAGCAUUACAAACAUAAUAGUGAUAUGGUUCCUACCAGAAUUCAGCUUCAGGGUUUGACUCAGAAGGUCGACGAAUCCUUUAGAGAGUAUGCACAAAGAUGGAGGGAGCUAGCUGCCAGAGUCCAACCUCCCCUUUUGGAGCGAGAACUUGUAGACAUGUUCAUGGACACUUUACAAGACCCCUAUCUGAAUCGAAUGGUUGGAUGUGCCGCUUCUGAAUUCUCAACUUUGGUUGUCAUAGGAGAAAGAAUUGAGCACGGUCUUAUGACUGGUAAGAUUCAAAAUGCUGCUACUAAUUUUGAAUUCCCAGAACAGGAUGGUGAAGAAACAAGUACAGUUUCCGAAGUUGAGGAGAAAGAUCAUGCUUAUUCUCCAGUUCAGAUACCUUGCUAUCAGAUGACAGAAAUUAUUCCUGAUCAGGAUGCUCCACAAAUCUGUGCUGCAACUACUAGCCAACCACCAGUUCAAUUUGUGCAACAGGAGCAUGUUCUAUAUGAUCAAUCAGUUAAGUAUGCUCCGCAACAACAACAGAGAUAUAGACAAAAUCGCCGACCACAGGGUGGGCAGAAUCACAGAAGGCCAAGAAAGGUAUAUGAACCAAUUCCAAUGCCGCAUAGUCAGUUGCUCUCUCAUUUACUCCAAAAUUCUUUAGUGGAAUUAAAACAGCUUGGGCCUCCUCCUUUUCCUUAUCCUGAAGGAUAUGAUCCCAACGCCUAUUGUGAGUUCCAUUCAGGGGCACCUGGCCAUUCGAUUGAAGAUUGCAACGUAUUCAAAGGCACAGUUCAAAACCUCAUUGAUUCCAAGGCAAUUUGCUUCACGCCAAACCGUCUGCGCAUAAAUUGA